CUACGAUUAUACGAGUGCACGUUUGCACAGUUGUUUGCUAGGUUUAAGACGUGUUCUCUACGUUUGGAAAAAUGUAUAUCUACGAAGGAUGUGCAGAAUUGAUAAAAAAAUACAAAAUUCAAUAAAUUAAAGUGAAUAUUCUUUGUGUAAAACACAAUGGUUGCUUAAUAUUUGCAAAAAUGUGUUAAAGUGUAUUGUGAAGUGUUUUUAAUGGUGCCACCAGUAGAAUUUCACAGAUAUAAGUAAAAGAAAGCGAAAGCCAACACAGCAUCCUUUUUAUUUUUAUCCCUUGCUUAUGCUUUAUCUUUCCUUUUAAUCGUUAUUCCUCUAUGUGCGCGUUAUUCGUGAACUGCUCCACCCUCGACGUCCUUGUAAAGAGAGUAGUUUCAUGAAUUAUCUGGCUAAACAAUGUAUAAAAAGUGAUACAAAAGAAGCGGGAAGUGUUGUUUGUGUUUGAUGGGGGUGUGGAAUAAAAAAAAUAAAAAAUACAACAAAAUAAGUGCGGCUAAAAUAGCAAACGGCAAAGAGCAGUGCAUUCAAAGCCAACUUGUACAAGCAAGAAAUUGAAAGCAAAACUUGCAGAAAAACAAGUCGCGUCAUUGAGUCGCCAACGCUGCGCGAUUCCAGCUCCGUAGUGCGCUUCCGUCGUGUGUAAGUGUGAACAUAUGUGCACCGCUGCAACUUCAAGGAGCCGUGCAUUCUGCCACCGGCGUCACAAAGUCGUUUUCACUUAAUACCAUCAUUAUUGGAUUUGAAACCUUUUGACACAAUUGUCUAACCAACACGUUUGAUUGAAAGAUACAUCUUUUUAUGAAUUAACAAGUGCCGAAAAGUGUGUGUGUACCUAAAAUGUAUCUUAAACGAAUUUUCGAGAAAAUUAUACCGCUUUCCUGUUGAAUUAGUGUUAUUUAAAGUCAGUUUAAAGCAGCCAUUAUACUCAUAAAUACGUUGUUGCUGUAAUUGAAAACGAAAGCUGCAGUUGAACACCUAAAAGAUUACACUUCAACGACUCUGAAGACAAUUGCAUCAACACUUAACGGGUGAACCUGCUCCUUUAGAAUCAAUUUAACACACCGCUUUUCCGAUGCGAGCAACGGCGCUGAGCUAAAAUUCAACCCAAGUCACAAACAAGUUAGAGAAUACUCCCCACGCAACGUCUUCAUUAUUUGAGACGCGACGAAAUUUAUGCCCGGAGUAGGUGCCGGGCAGUGCUGGACAUGUUGGAACGUCGUCCCUUAUGGGGAUUAAUAGUAUUGUUGAAUGUCUGCGUAGUGAUAUGGCGAAUGCAGGAACCGGCUAUGCUAAAUGUCGAAUACGACGGCAGCGGUGCGGGGAGCGCGAACUUACAGCAAAACUCAGACCUCGACGAUUACGUGCCGCCAUUGCACCUACAACGCCAACAACAGCAGCAACCACAGGUCGAACAACGGUCCUCAGUGUGGCGCAGAGGUGUCGCGUCUCGCAAUGCCAUAGCACAACAACAGCUGUACGCCGGUAAACAUCUACUAGCCGAUAGCGCUGAGGCGAAUGAAAUCGCUGCCAAAGUAACGCGAAAAGCGGACGAUAGUCUUCACAAUAGCGGCCACAGUAGUAGUAGUAGUAGUAGCAGUACCAGUAGCAGUAGUAGUACGCAUAGGUCUAGUACUAGCCAUAAGAAUAAGAGUCAACACCUAUUUAACGAGCACACGACGAGUCUACGAAGUGUCAGCUCAGUUAAAAGUACGCCUUCACCGUUAGUCACAGCGGCAACACUGAAGAACACUGCAGAGUUGCAAACCACAACGAUAGGCAAUGCGAGAGCGUAUAGUUUUCCACCGGAUGACUUCCAUCAAUUAAUCGAUCUGCACGACUUUACGUACCUUAUAAGCCAGAACAGCUGUAGUCCGGAUGUGCAAGCACUAAUCUUAGUGCAUUCGGCGCCAGCCAAUGAGGAGAAGCGACGUCUCAUACGCGAGACGUGGGGCAAUACCGAUCAAUUGCCACCCGUGAACGGUGUUAUGCCAUUGCGGAUUAUCUUUUUGAUCGGUACCGUCGAGACCGAAGCGCUGCAGUUGGAUAUCGAGCGUGAGAAUUUCGAAAACGGCGAUAUUGUGCAGGGUUCCUUUGUGGAUAGCUACCGCAAUAUGACCUAUAAGCAUGUGAUGGCUUUCAAAUGGUUUCUAUAUAAUUGUGCGCAAGCGCAAAUUCUCAUCAAAGUCGACGACGACGUUUACGUGAAUACACCGCAACUACUCAUCUACCUGGAUCGUGCUGCUGUGAACGGUGAUCUGGAAAAUGUCGCCGCCGCCGCUGCCGCUGCUGCUACGAAUGUUCAAGCCAGUGCUGCCAUAUCUCUACAACAAACCGCCGAUAAUGAUAGAAAAGCUUUUGAGCAUAAUACUAUUGUAGACACUAAUAAUAGUAGCGGUAGUAGUACGAGCAGCAGUAAUAAUGUACGAAAUGCUGCCGAUGCCAGCGCUGCACACACACACACAAAUAACACACAAUUCAAUGCUGCACAAAUGAUAUUCCGCCAUCCACACGAUUUGCUGCUCUGCAAAACCAACAUCAAUGCUAUGGUCAAACGCAGUUACCGCUCGAAAUGGCGCGUCACAGCGCGCGAGUUCCCCGGCAGUUACUAUCCGCCCUACUGUCCCGGCUAUGCCAUCAUCUAUUCGCCCGACGUGGUGCUAGCUUUAUAUAACGCCGCACAGGUGUCGACCUACUUCUGGAUCGAUGACGUCCACAUAACGGGUGUUUUGGCGCAGAAUCUGAGUAUCGCCAUCACAAACGCCGACCAAUACAUACUCUACGAAACUGAUUGUGACAACUUGCUCAAUGACACGGUGAAUAGUGAUGACGUGGAGUUCUUGUACGCCUGGCAUUUGAUCAAUCCCCAGCAGGUGCAAAGGCUGUGGGAGAUGUAUGUGGCCAAAGCACACAGACACUUCUCGGCUGCUCCAACAUCCACCAGCGCUGCAGCGCUGCACGCCGCCAAGCAGCAGACAUCACCCCACCCGACUGACUACAAUAAAUAUAAGAGCUACAGAUAGUAACAUUAACUCGUGCAUAUAAAUUUACACACACACACACACACACACAUACAAGCACAUUUGUCAUAAUACAUAUAAGUUCUUUAAGUUUUACUUUUUUAUUACAACAUUUUAUUUUAAAAUUAAAUAAGAGAAAUUGAUUUUAGUUAGGAUCUGUGUAAAGGCAGUACGUUUAAAGUAAACAACUUGUGUAUAUUCCAAUGUGUGAACGUGUAAAAUAUGAAAGGCGCAACAAGCGUAAUAAAUCAUGUAAAAAGCAAAUAUUCAAUAAAAUAUUUAUCUUAUAUAUGUAAGUGACCAUUCUGCACAAAUUUCAUAUCAUAUAGUGCAAAUGUUUAACAUCAAAAAUUUAGAUUACAUUUAUAUACACACAUAUAUAUAUACAUAUGUACAUAUGUAUGUGUGAAAUGGAUACGUUUGAGCUGUGCAAACGAGAACAAUUCGCCGAAGGAGUACAUGUGUACAUACAUAUUUUGCGAUCGGAAUUGUAGAGCGAGUUUUGAUUGAAGUUGUCAAAGCGCGCUUAGAAAAAGUAAUUAAAUGAAAUUAGUUCAGUUGGUUUUAUUAGGCAUACAUAAUUUAAUAAAAAAAGUUUAUUUUUAAAGCAAUGUAUUUAUGGUAAUUUUAGUGAAAUUAAAAUAAAUUAUUUUUAUUAUAAUAACUUUGAUGUUUAGUAUGAAUUUAUGCUAGAAUUCAAUCUAUAGUUUAUACGCAUACGUAUAUUGUAUGAAAACGCUAGCUUAGCUUUCUUCACGUUUAGCGAGCUGUUGCGGUUAUUGCAAGUAAAAGAACUAUGUAUAUAUUCUUUUGCAACUGCCGGAAAUGGUUUAGAAUCGCAAAAAUUCCAGUAUCGUAAGCAGAAUGAUUAAUGCUUGUUAUGGUGAUUAAACUGGUGCUUGUAUUUUUUUAUCGAUCUAGUCGACGCUCACAAAUUAGAAUUGCUAAAAAUUAUAAUCAAAGUUGGCACUACAUUAAAGUUUUUUUGUUAUUGUAGUGGCAGAAAUCUGCUCGAGUUGAGGAGGCAUUUGCCGGGUAAAAUCCGAGUCUGUUCCGAUUAGGAAGUCUGGACUGUCUUGUGCUAUUAUUUACUUUGCCAUUGGUGCAAUUAUAUUGAAUAGUUUUUUACUAAGCUCAUAAGCAAUCUUCGUACUCUCCAUAUCGCUAUUACUGUUUCAGUAUAAAUCAAACCUAAAAAACACAGAAAUAAAGUUUAUAGCCAGAUUAGUUGUGAAGUUGUUGAUUGAGCCUAUUUUAUCUUUUAAAAUUUAUGUUAAUUAUCUUUUUUUUUUUACAGAGACGAUAUCGAUUCUCGCCUUUUUAUCAGGAAAAAUGUAAAUAUUACUGAAAUUAUAAUUUUUCAGUAAUCAGAAUCAGCUUAAAAAUAAAGUGGUUCUAAUUUGUGAGCGUCCAAUGUAUUUUGUUUUUCUUUGUAGUAUAUUUUGUGGACCGACGUACAUAGCGAGUGACUCAAUUCCGUAUUUUAUGAAACUUGCGAGGGACUUCUGUAUAUGUGUUUUUUUUUAGGGGUCUGUAAGAAUUUCAAGCACUUCAGUCCGUGAUCUAUCAAUAUUAUUUAUUUUUGUAAAAGUGACUGAUACUAACUUCCCAUUUUGGUGUUUCAUAAAUUUUGCUUUCGAAUACAUACAUAUGCAUGUAUGUAUAUUUUAUUGAAAAGAACGGAAAUGGCAAUCUGACAUGUUGUCAAGGUUUUUUUCUUAAAUUAUUAAUUAAAGUGCAAUUUGAAAAAAAAAAAAAUUGGUCUUAAAAUUAUUUCUUACUUAACAAUAUUACUUAGUUCCUCCAAUGAAAAAGCGUAUAGAUUUUUAGUUUUACUAUAAAAUAAUGCUCGUUUUAUCCAUAAAUUUUUAUAUAGUAUAUUAUAAUACUUACUGUAAUUUCAAUAUAAAAUAUAGUUUUUAAUUUAUCUCUCAAAUGAAAGUAAAUACGGCAUUCAUACACUUACGAUAAAAAAUUUUGGAAACAGUAAUAUUUUUAAUAUAAAUUUUAUCGUAACUGUUCUUGGAAACACGCUCAUAACAUAAUUUUAAAUAUUUCAAGUCAAAAUACUCGUUCUGAUCGUUUCAUAAACUUGUUGUUAUUCUUCAAUUCCAUAAAAAUUUCAUGAGUACUUGAUCUUGCGUCAUCGCCAUCUUUAAUUUUCGGUACGAAUAUUUGUGCAAUUAUGCAAAUGAUUUUCGGAUAAACCCAUUGCUUUCCCUUAAGGGAGGGGUUAGGUUUUCAAGGUAAAAAAAAUUGCGAGUUUAUUUCUUAAAUGUAGAUUGAGUAAUCCCCCAGGGCCGGCUUGAAAAAAAAAAACAAUUUGCGGUGUUCACCAUAACUCGGUUGGAAAUUAUCCGAAAUUAAAAAAUAAAAAAAAAAAAAUUAGUCAAAUUACAAUCAAAUCUUUCCCCCAACGUUCUCUGAUAAUUUUUUUUUUUCGUUUAAAAAUUUUUUCCGCCCAUUUAGAGUGUAAACUGUCAUUUUCAACAACAAUUAUGUACAGAAGGUCCGAAUAAAAUUACUCAAUCCAUAUUUAAGAAAUAAAUUCGUAAAAAACGUUUUCUACCUUAACCCCUCCUCUAACUAUUGCAAUGGACAUACUUUUUUUUGCCUCAAACUAUAAUCCAAAAAGCUUGGCAUGAAUCAAUGCUCUCUAUGAAAAUUAACAAGUAUCGUUAUGUAGCCUUUUCGAUCGUAAAUUUACACAUAAUACACAAACUAUGUUUUUUGUCCAAUUUAAGAGCCCCUUCCAAACACAAAUAGUUGUUACCGAAAUGUAGAAGGCUAAGCAAAGCUAAAAAGCAGUUUCGGCCGACAAAAGGCCCUAACAUUUUAACAUAUCAAAUUAAUUAUAUAUAUUUGCUUAAUUUUAUGUAAUUCUAAAAUUCGAAUUCAAACCGCACUCGCAACAUUUUGAGUGUCUCACUAUGGCACGGAUAUGCUCAUUUGCCAAUUCAAAAAAUAUUUAAAAUGAGAAAAAUACACUCGUAGCUGUCAAAAGCGUUAUGGUCGAUUGACAUACAACUUUCCACGCUUUGCGUGACAAAUCAUACUUUAACAACGAAGCGAAGAAAGCAAACGGUAUGGCAGAAUUAACGCUUUGCUUUUAGUUUAUUCUGGAAAACGCUUUGCUCUCAGUGUUUCUUUUUUAAUAAAAAUGGCGACUACUGCUUGACAAAGCUUAGAAUGUUGAGAACUGAUAAACAUUUUGUUUCGCUUUGCUUUGCCUCGAUGUGAACGCACUCAUACGAAAGUAUACAAUGAACUUUUCCGUCACAUGACUGAAGCAAAGCGAAACCAAAGCUAUGUAAAUCAGCUUUUAAACUCCUUCCGAAAAGAUGAAAUUAAAACAAUACCACUAUGAUAUUUUUAUAUACUUAUAUAUAAACAGAUUGCAGUGUAACUUUCUGUGUUUUUGAGUUAUGACAUUCUUGUGUCGCACAGCAAGCGAUAUGCACAUAAUUUUCAUUAACUUGAGUUUUACUUAUAUAACUUACGUCUUACUUGUACUUACGUGACUACGUUUUAUUAUUUAUAAAAAUGUCUUGGUUUUAAGUGAAAUGUUAAGCAGAGAUAUACAGUUGAACUGAUGCAACUCAUAUGUACCAAAAUAAUCUUAGAUUUCUUAUAUCAUAAACAUAUACAUACAUACAAGCACAUAUGUACAUCCAGAAAUUGGCGCAAGCAUUGAAAGUCUUAUAGAGUAAGUCGCGUACAAAAAAGUGAAAAUAAUAUUUAAGGUGGAAGUUUGCACAAUAUCCUGACAUAUACAUACAUACAUAUUUAGCAAAAAAAAGAUAAUUAAAUAAAGAAACGAAAAUUUGCGAACCUUGUAAUGAAUCCAGAUGUACAAGUAUGACAAAAUUAAGAUAUAAUACAUAGUAUAUUUAUACAAAAGAGAGUAACUAAAAAUCAAAGUCUAUUCAAAUUAUUAUUUUUAAUUGGAUAACAAAUGAUCAAAGUGAGUAAAUAAAUAAGUAAUUAUAAUAAAUAAAUUAUAUAUGUAUAUGCAUAUGAUUGACUUAUUGUAGAUUGUUUGUAAAAUUCCAAUAUUCUAUUGCAUAAUAAAAAUAUUAGAAAUAUAUAUAUACAUACAUAUGUGGCUGAGAGAGUUGGAAUUAUGUAACUAGGGUGUAAAAAAAAUGAGUGUAACUCCAAUAAUGAAACUUUAAUUUAUGUGUAUAGCAAACCUUGGGGCCAACUUUUCAUAAAAAUAUAAAAAUAUACACACACAUACACACAUAUAUAUAACAAAUCCAUUUAAUUUAAUUAUUGUAGACAACUAAAAGAGCGCAAGUGUUUUGUUUUCCUUUUGUAAAAGAAAAACUGAUCUAUAUGUAUGUAUACAUGUGUAUGUAGUACUUGUAUUUUGUUUUAAUUUGUAUAUUUAUGUAAUUUAUCAUUAAUGAAAGUUGCGGAGAAACAUUUGACGUGACGUGAUACGGUUGCGACCCCCAUACCAAGAAAAUGAUAACGAAAAUCGAAGCACCUAAUCAGGUAUCUAUAUACGAUAGGCAAUGAAUGUAAAUGGAACAUAAA